AUGGCGAAGGGCGCGACCAAGAACGUCUACUCGGUGAUCCUGCCCACCUUCAACGAGCGACAGAACCUCCCCAUCAUCACCUGGCUGCUGCAGCGAACGUUCUCGGAGAACAACCUCGACUGGGAACUCAUCAUCGUCGACGACGGGUCCCCCGACGGCACCCAAGACGUCGCCAACCAGCUCGUCAAGGCCUACUCCCCGCACGUCCAACUCAAGCCCCGGACGGGCAAGCUCGGCCUCGGUACGGCGUACGUGCACGGCCUGCAGUUCGCCAAGGGCAACUUCAUCAUCAUCAUGGACGCCGACUUCAGCCACCACCCCAAGUUCAUCCCGCAGAUGAUCGCGCUGCAGAAGGCGCACGACUACGACAUCGUCACGGGCACGCGCUACGCCAGCGGCGGCGGCGUCUACGGCUGGGACCUGAAGCGGAAGCUCACCAGCAAGGGGGCCAACAUCUUUGCCGACACGGUGCUGCGGCCGGGCGUGAGCGACCUCACGGGCAGCUUCCGGCUGUACAAGCGGGCGGCGCUGGAGAAGCUGUUCGAGACAACCGACGUGCGCGGGUUCAGCAUGCAGAUGGCGCUGGCGGUGACGGCCAAGGCGAUGGGCAUGACGAUCGGCGAGGUACCCAUCACGUUUGUUGAUCGGGUCUAUGGAGAUUCAAAGUUAGGCGCCUCGGAAAUUGCAGAGUAUGCGAAGGGUGUGAUCUACUUGUGGGCGAAGGUAUAA